AUGUCCCCAAAAGAACCUGAGAAGACGGCGUUCCUGCUGCAGCAGAUGUUGGGGGACAAACUGAAGAACGUGACGGGUGAGAGUGAUAGUGAGUUGAAAUUCAACAUCUUAGAUGUUAAAGAGACUGCGGCAUCGAAAGGAAUGAGCAGAGAAGAGUUCGAUGAGUACCAGAAACAACUCAUCGAGGAGAAGAUAGUGAGGGACAAAGAGUUUGCCACAAGCAAAGCCGAGAGAGCGAACUUGCGAGUGCUGCUACGUGACAAAUACAGAAUACCAGAGACUGUCCUGAUGACGCAACUUGCGCAUACUGUGCACGGAGCGAUCAACAACGCGGACAACCGAAGUAUAUUUUUGGCUUUAGGCCUUAAAGGAAUACUUCACGCAAAAAAGAAAAUUCUCCCAUUAUUCGCUUCCCCUGAUGCCAUCCCAGAUGUGUAUGACUGUGUUUCUUCAGCAGGACAUAAAUGA